GCGCAGCGAACACGCAUAGCUAGCCCGAAAGAAAGUGGCGAGUGUGCAAUUCAACUAUAAAGUGUCAUAGAUACAACGCAUUUGCGUUUUUAGCCUAGGUAUUAGAACAAAGCAAAUACUCAGAUCGGCAACAAUGCAAAGUGUGCUAAAUACAGUAAAAGGCACAGCCCUUAAUGUGGCCGAAUACUUAACGCCAGUGCUAAAGGAGUCAAAGUUUCGUGAAACUGGAGUUCUAACGCCAGAGGAAUUUGUGGCAGCUGGUGAUCAUUUGGUGCAUCAUUGUCCCACUUGGCAGUGGGCGGCCGGUGAUGAGAGCAAAACAAAGCCAUACUUGCCCAAGGAUAAACAAUUUCUGAUAACACGCAAUGUGCCAUGCUAUCGACGCUGCAAACAGAUGGAAUACGUGGGCGAAGAGACGCUGGUGGAGGAGGAGUCCGGCGACGGCGGCUGGGUGGAGACACAUCAAUUGAAUGAUGACGGCACCAAUCAGCUGGAUGACAAAAUUUGCGAACUGACGCUGGACGAGACCAAGGAUGAAAUGCAUACGCCGGACAGUGAGAAGUCGUCGGGCGUACCUGCUGCCUUGGGCAAUGAGGAGGAGGACGAGGACGAUGAUGAGGCCAUUGACAUGGAUGCAUUUGAGGAGAGCGGCAUGCUGGAGCUGGUUGAUCCCGCUGUCGCGACCACAACACGCAAACAGGAGUCGGACACACAGUCGAGCAGCGCAGCAGCUGCAGCUGAAGGUGGAGAAGGAGCAGCAGCUGCUGCAAGUGCUGGUGGCGACUCCGUGUUGCAUACACGCACCUACGAUCUGCACAUCACAUACGAUAAAUAUUAUCAGACGCCACGGCUCUGGGUUGUGGGCUACGAUGAGCAACGCAAGCCGUUGACCGUCGAGCAAAUGUACGAAGAUGUGUCGCAGGAUCAUGCGAAAAAGACUGUUACAAUGGAAUCGCAUCCGCAUUUGCCGGGCCCCAACAUGGCAUCGGUGCAUCCGUGUCGUCAUGCUGAUAUUAUGAAGAAGAUCAUCCAAACUGUGGAGGAGGGUGGCGGCCAAUUGGGCGUGCAUUUAUAUCUAAUCAUCUUUUUGAAAUUCGUGCAGACCGUAAUACCAACAAUUGAAUAUGAUUUUACGCAAAACUUUAACAUGUCCUAAACCAAAACAGCAUCCGAAUCACAUUUGACAGCAAUAUGAAUACAUAAAUUAUGCAUUAAUUAGACACUACAAUAAUAAUUAUAAUAAAGUAAACAAAAAGCUGAGCUUACGGCGCGGCACAAAAAAAAAAAAGAUUGCAUUCUCAAGACUUUGUUUUUAUAAUUACUUUUUAUUACAUUUUUGUUUGUUGGUUGGUUGGUUGGUUGCUUGUUUUGAAACAUCUCUGAGAUGACAUUUAUAUGUUAACAUAAUAAUAAUAAACAUAAUAAUUAUGCAUUUAGUUUUUAGGUAGUUUUGUUUUUACUUUUGUUUUCACUUUUUCCUUCAAGUUAAAUGAUUUUCUUUUACGCUGUUUUGCUUCAACAAUUUUAAAACAUAAAACAGGUGUGUGUGUGUGUGUGUGUUUUGCAUUAUACUUAUUAAACUUUAAUGUAUAUAUUUCUUGCAUUUACUUGUUAAUCCUUUUUUUUUGCUUUGUUAAAUUUGUUUUUUUUUCUGUUUUAUAUAUAUAUAUAGAUUUUCUUAAGAAUUAAAAUCACUUUUCAUUUGCAAUAACAGGUUCACAUCGUAAUCAAUUUUACAAUAAACAUACCUAACGCCUUUUGCCUAUAUAAUAAGACCCAUUACACAUUUCUUUUUUACUUCCUGCAGAACCCCAUACUUAAUGCUCUCUUUAACGAUAUUAGAUAUUAGUUAUACAUAUACAUACAUACACAUAUAUAUUUAUAUAUUUCCAUAAAUUGUUUUCAACAUUAUGCUGCCACCUUACGUUAGACGUCGCAGCAUUUAUAUCCUGAUAUAUAUAUACACAUAUAUAUGUAUGUGCAGCAUAUCCUUUAACGUAUCUUAAACCUUGGCCUAAAGCUAACUUUUUGCUCUUUGCAUUUUCCGUUUCCUUAAACUCAUUUGAAAUGAUUUCCGAUUUCUUUUAGUUUUCGUUAAUAUUAUUCAUAUAUUUUACAAUACAUACAGAAGUUAUAUACCAUCUAGAAAUCUAAAUACAUAUAUUUCACAUAUGCAUAGACGAUCUAAAGGAUUUUCUCUUUAUUCACUUUGUUUUUUCCUUCCAUUCCAUUCUUCUUCCUAUUCGCUUCGUCCACAAUUCUUGCGUCUAACAAUAAUUUCCAUAACAUGCAUAAAUUUUCGCUUUUUCUUUUUUAUGUGUUUUCUAUUUUUUACAUUUUUAACAAUUUUUUAUUUUUACAUGCUGCCUUUUCUUAUAUUUGCAAUUUUACUGUGUAUUGGUGUGUGUGUGUGUGUGUUUGUAUAUGUUUAAUUAUGUUAAUUAAUUUAAUUUUAUAAGGUACAUUUUGUUUAAGCGCAAUGCAGAGCCAAAAAUGGAAGGCGAAAUAAAAUACAUAAAACAUGUAAUUAAAAGAGAAUUUUGUUUCGUUUAAACUAAUUAUUAUGUACAUUAAAAACAAUA